CGGUUAAGAUAGAAAAUCAUUUUGCGACAAACAAUAGACGAUAUUUAUUAAAAUUUUACAUAGUCUAAAACUAGGCAUUUCGCUCUAUCCAUUCGUAAAAAAAAUUUGUUUUGGCUUUUCCAUGAUCGAGAAAAUUAGCUUUCUUUUUCUGCUAGGUGUUUUCCGAAACUAUGUGCUCAGUGUAAUCGGUUUCCGAUUUUUUUCGAAGCUUCAAAUUCAAUGAACUUUUUACCGAAGGUAGACCUAAUAACGAUACAUAUGUGCUGAUAGCGCAAACCAGGGCAAACGCUCCUGGACCGAGUUAUAGAUUUCCAAAAAAAAACCUCGGUUUUUGAAAUAAAUUAGGUUUUUAGUUCAUUAACAUUUAAAUUAAAAAGGACCAGGGCGGAUCCUGGAACAUCUUGCCAUAUCCGGUCUUAGGAUCCCGCAGGACCGUAUUGGAUCCUUCUGGUUCGUUAGACUGGGUUCUAUUACACACGUAAGGGGCUGACGUCUGUUUUUUAAGCAACUACACGUCGACGAAUCAAAUUUGUAUCAGCCUCUGCACUCUGCAGGGGGCUGAAAACUGUUAUCCGAGAAGCUGACAAAAUCUGAUUUAGAGUGUAUACAAUAUCAUACUUGAUAAAGGCAAAAGAUGAGAUUUCAUCCAUCGAAGCAUUAUCCUAACAGAAAGGCUUACUGAUAGAUAUAUGAUAUCAAGAAUAUUAACGGUGUAAUGUGGUAUACGAGCUGCAAACCAUUAUAACUAUAAAGUAGAGUUACAUAAAAAAAUAACCCCAGUUCCUGUAAACAGAGAGAUGUUUUUAAGUAUGAGAUAGAUAAAGAAAUAAAAUCGCUUUGAAAUUGUCUUGAGCUCAAGCUCUAACUGAUCCUGAAGCGAACGAGGUAGCUUAAUUGCAUCAUGUCCAUAUCCUAUGAGAAAACCGGGUAAAACAUGUUGAAAUCGAGAUCCCUACUAUCUGCGUAAACAUUCUUCAAAGAGAGGUGUCUCGGUCUAGAUACUUGUGCUUUUUGGUGUUCGUGGACUCAAAGAGUUAAUGUGUUGAAUAAGAAACUAGAUUUUUUAGCUAAGGAACACCGAAGUUCCCUUUCGAAAUAGUCCUUAUUAAACAAUUACUCAUGAUCAUGACAAAGCUUGAUUCUGAAUGAAUUUUAUUCCAUCUAAUUGAAAAAUUGAUCUGAUAAAACAUAGACCGAGUUUCAAUGGCAAACAAGGAAGUUCUAAAACAAUAGAAAUGCUAUGUCCCUAAAUUGUGGAGCGUUCCAAUUACUGUUGCAAAUAAGCGACAUCUCUUAAAUUCGACUCAGACAACGAAAUCUCGGCACAAUAAUAAUGUCUCACAAUUUUUGUCGAGAUUGUGGUUCGAAUCAAUUUGAACAUAUUGAUGGUCGAUUGUAUUGUGUUGAAUGUCAAUCACAAAGUGUUACAUCAACAAUUCAUGUCUCAUUUGCUAAUGAAGCAAGUGAACAAUUAGGACGGAGAGUGCGAGGUCAAACGCAAGAAAAACAAGAUAGAAUAAAUAUCUUUGAAUCAAGUGAAAUACAUUCAUCCUUCUUGAAAAGAGAAACAGUUAAUUAUGAUGAAACAAUUGCAAAUGACGAUGAAAAUGUUCCAUUGGAAACAUAUGUUCAGAAAAUUGAUGAGGAUACAUUGGCAGAAGAGUCGAUGCACGCUGAUCAUAUUUGGUCUUCUUAUGAAGCAUAUAGUUACAUCUUAUACGAGCAAACAAAAGCAUUGAUUCAAUUAGGUAUCAAUUCAGACGUUAAACAAUGUGUUUAUAUGCUAUAUUUAAGAUAUUUAUCCUCCUGUGGAAUAUUGAAAACAAAUAAAACAAGGGAAACUACAUCACUGGAAAAUAAACGGCUGAAAACAUUAGAAGAGUCCGAACAAGUGUAUAUGAACAGAGAGGAGUUUUACGAUAAAUACAAUACAAGAAUAGUGAAAAAAUCCUUAUGUGCUGUCAAUUUAGAUGUAUUAGUGUCAUUGUUACAUUGCGCGUGCUAUUUAACUGGACAACCGGUGACAAUAAAGCAAUUUGUUCAGUGGAUAAAUGAUUCGAAGUUACCCUAUUAUGAUAUUCACAAAUAUUUGCCAAAAUGGAUGAAACCUACUGGUCGUGAUCGAUUUUACCUUUGUAAAAUGACGAUAAAUACAUCAAUGUUAUUUGAGUAUAUGGAUAUUAUUCGUUCAUGUAUAAAUCCUUAUUUGAAUCGGCACAUCUUUGAUAACAAACAAUUGUAUAAACAAAUGUUAACACAAACAUGUUGUCGAUAUUCUACACAAAUUUAUUUGCCCUAUAAUGAUAUUGAAUUUUUAAUUGAUCAUAUGUGCAAUAAAAUAUUAUCUAAAAAACGUUCACAUAAAUAUCCAAUUCAGACAACAUUUGAUAUUGAACUUAUUUCACUAUCUAUUCUCAUUCUAAUUAUUCUUUUAUUUUCAUUAAAUGAAACGGUUUUAGAUGAUUUUAUUCAAAAUAUAAAUCAGUAUAUAUCGGACAAUCAAGAUAUUGCAAAAGAAUUUAUCACAAAAUAUUCUCGACGACAAUUUUCCUACUCGUUAUGGUUAAAUAAUUUGGAAAAGCUAAAUCAAUUAGAAAAAAUUAGACAAUUUCAAUUUUUCGGUCGUACAUCAGUAGCAACAAUGAAUUUAUUGAAAACCAAUCAUUCAUUAUCAAGGUAUCUUAAUUGCUUGUCAAACGUAUUCCGAACGAUACAUAUGACAAAUGAUUACGUUAAAAUUGAAGUUGAAAAUGAAGAAAAAUUGAUUGAUCAACAAUUGAGAGAUAAUUCAAAACAAAAUUCAUUAGCCUAUCUAUUUCAGACACAUCAAUAUUUCACAGACUAUUACAACUUAAGAGUGGAUAAUACCAAAAUUGUUUUGAAAAGAAGAAAAAGUGAAGAGAAUGAUGAGAAUGAACCAUUAAAAAAACGAAAGAAGCAAUCAAAUGAUGAACAUAGUCCUUUGAUGACGGAGUCAAAAGAAGAAGAGUAUGAACGAAUUUCAAUUGCAAUCGAUGAUCAUACAAGAGUGGAAAAUCAAACUUUAAAAAUUUUGAUUAAUAAUUAUUCACCGAAACAUUUUUCAUUUAGUGAAAAGUUAUUUUUGUACAAUUGUUUAUUAUCUACAACAAGUGUCAAUUUGAAUCAAACUCGGACAUUUUAUUCCUUACAUCAACGUUUUCAUAAAGCAUCAUCUUCCCGUCAUUCACUAAAUCAUUUAGUUAAAAUAUUAACAACAUAUUGUUCAAUACCUUAUAAUCAACAAUUUUAUUCGUGUUUAUCAACUUAUCUGAAAUAUUUUUAUUUGACAAAACCGAUUUAUAGCUAUUUUAAUACAAGAAGAAUGAAAUAUAUAACGACAAAUCAUUCGCCUACAAAUACAACUACAACAACAACAACAACAAUGAUGAAUUUAAUUGAUAUGCCAGGAAAACGAAAAUAUGGAAUUGACAUUCUACCCAUAACGCAUAAUUUUUCUCGUGAGAAAAGAAUGAAUCAAAAACAUAAAAAAUUGAUAAAUGAUGAAGAUAAUAAUGAAUUAAAAUUAGAGGAUAGUGAAGAUAUAAAAUAA